AUGAGCAUUAGUGUCAGUCGUGAGUCUAUUUCUAAGCUCAUGGGUGAACUUGUCGACACUUUUCCCAUGGAGGCAGAAGGUCGUUCGUCUAUCUCGGACUUUGGUAAACUUCUCUUUACUGAGGGUCAAGCCAAUAGCAACACUAUCACUACUUCUUCCUUUUCUACAAAGACGGAAACGAAACCUAAAGCUUCGACUAUACUUCAAACGGGUAGUAAACGUGUGUACACUGAAAUCAAAGGAAUUCCUCGUCAGAAACAACAUGAUAUCAUGAAGACAAAAGAUAAAGCGGUACCCAAGCGUUGGACACCAACUGAAGAUGAAAAACUGAGGGACGCGGUUGGGCGACAUGGUGAACGGAAUUGGAAAUCAAUUGCUGAAGAAGUGCCUGGUCGUAAUCACACCCAAUGUUUACAAAGAUGGACGAAAGUACUGGCUCCUGGACUUGUAAAAGGUCAUUGGCGUCCGGAUGAAGAUGAGCUCUUGAAAGAGCUGGUGGCAGAAGGUCGCAAAAACUGGGGUCAAGUGGCUACGCGUAUUCCCGGUCGAACAUCGAAACAAUGUCGUGAACGGUGGUAUAAUCAUCUAGAUCCGAGCAUCAUACGUGGAGAAUACUCACAAGCAGAGGAUCGGAUGAUUCUUGAUGCACAAUCGAGAUUAGGUAAUCGUUGGUCAGCUAUUGCUGCAAUGUUGCCUGGACGUACAGAAGAUGCGGUAAAGAUUCGAUGGAAAUCACUUUGUCGUGUGCGAAAAGGACACGGACGUCGUGGACAGAGUGGCAAAAUUAUGACCCCCAAGGGCAUUAUGGAAAUACCGGGACAAAUGAUGUCGCAAAAUGGCACGGGGUUUAACGAUAAUAUGGUCAAGAGUGAAGAAGUCGCUCCAUUCUCUAUGCAUUCCCAGCCACAUGGUGCACAAAUGGUGCGACUUCCAAACGUUCAGAUGGUGUCGGCUACGAAUAUGCAGUCGGGUAAUCAACUUUGUCAGCCCCAUCACCAGACCAUGAUGGCUGGAAAUGGAAUCAUGUAUUCGACGGAUAUAAGGGGUGGUGGAUAUGAUCCAACGAUGGCACAUUAUCGGAAACCUUUGAUGCAGCAACAAAAUGUGAACAAUGGCUACGAUCAUCCGUUGCCAUCUCCAGGAUCCAUGACAAGUAGCAACGCUCAGGAUAUUUUAGGUGACCAUCGGUCUAACAUACCAUUGCCAGUACCUUUUCAGUCUCAGGACGGCUAUCGACAAGGUUACCCAGGUUCAUCUCCAACUUAUGCUUUAUACAUGAAUGGUGGCAUGUAUUCCACGGGAUCUUUAACGCCUAGAGGAGGCAUGAGCAAUGGGUCAUUGUAUGGCAACAGGACUCUACAGAUGGAUACUUAUCGUCCUGGACUGAUAUACAGCCAGCACUUGCCAUCCCACCAGCCUCAGCAGGAUGUGUCGCAACACGCGCAGACAAUGUCUUACAAUUAUGUACUGCCGUCUGGGCCAAGCUCAACUGAAGACAUAAACAGAGGAUCAUCAGCAAGCCACUCGAUGCUAUCAAGUAACAACGGGAUGAAUGACCCUGUAGCUGGAUUUGUACAGCAGCAUCUCCGACAGCAAGAACCACACCAGUUUGCGGGUCGCUCGCCAUCUACCCGUCAUCACCAGGCUCAAGAGCACUACCAAUCAGUGUACCACCAGGCUCAAGCGCACGAGCAAACCAAGUCAAACCAUAAGAUGGAGCCACCAGUAUUGCUACUGGCUCAUUCGAAACAGUCGGGUACAAGCGGAAAACGAACAAAACAGGAGUCACGACAUGGACUUUUGUCUACUCCGUCGAGCCAGGCAAUGCCAAAUCCGGCCGCAAUGUUUGCUCGCAGCCAAGCAGCCAAAGCAUCCCCUGGAUCUUGCAGUGGCAACCCAGUGGCUGCUUUUGUGCAGAUGCAACACCAUCCGAAGCCUAAUAGUGCUAGCAAAAAGGUUCAAGCGGGCCCACAGAGGCCUUUCAACUUGGCUGCGACAUUUGCCCAGCGGUUUCAAGCGGGACAAAAGGCACCGAUUUCCAGCAGCAACAGCGCAGGCUCUGCCAAAUCCAACGAUGACCCAGCAAACGAGGAUGACAGCAGUGAGAAUGGCUCGGGAUGUAGGACAAACGAGCCUUCACUCAAAAAGGUCAAGCCGAGGCUCAGUAUUGAUGCUGCUCGCGCUUCAGCCGCUCGUCGAAUGCGCAACUCGUGCAGUGGCGGUAAUUUAGCUGGUCGUGGAAGUCUGGAUGUGUUUUUGAACGAGAUUGGUGACGUCGGCCGGUUGUCAGACCUCAAGAUGGAUGAAUUUCAGACCCUGGAUGAGUUGUGGCGAGUCUCAGGCGAUAUGGACCGGCUGUCCCUAUGA